GCGGUGCGGGCGGCGAUAAGAGGAGUUCGUUUGAGUGGGGGGCGGUGGCAGGGCUCCGUUUUACCGCCCCGAAGAAAAAGGGCGGGGCAGCAGUGGUAGUGUCGCGAAGGCGGCCGGGCCGGGCGCGCCUUGCGCGGAGGUCCCGGGUGGGGCGAGACCCCCUCGCGUCCGCCCCGUGGCUCUUCGCAGGGGCGCGCUCGCCUCUCCCGCCUUCUCGUCGCCAGUUCCCAGCCUCGGAAGGUGCUGACGGGCUUUUCUCUGCCUCUCCGUCGCUGGGCAGCUGCUCCGGGCUCAAAAGAAUGCUGCCGACCACAUCAGUUAAUUCCCGAGAUCAGGGCAAUGGAUCUUUAUCCUCUAGGGAGGCAGCAAGGCACACAGCUGGAGCAAAGCGGUAUAAAUACUUGAGGAGACUCCUCCACUUCCGGCAUAUGGACUUUGAAUUUGCUUUAUGGCAAAUGCUAUAUCUGUUCACUUCGCCACAGAAGGUAUACAGAAACUUUCAGUACAGGAAACAAACAAAAGACCAAUGGGCAAGAGAUGACCCUGCAUUCCUUGUGUUGCUUAGUAUCUGGCUAUGUGUAUCCACUAUAGGAUUUAGCUUCGUGUUGGGAUUUGGCUUUAUUGAAAUGAUUAAGUUGCUACUUUGGGUCGUGUUUAUAGACUGUGUAGGAGUUGGUCUCCUAAUUGCAACUUUAAUGUGGUUCGUUUCAAAUAAGUACUUGAUAAAGCACCCGAACAGAGAAUUUGAUGUGGAGUGGGGCUAUGCCUUUGAUGUUCACUUGAAUGCUUUCUAUCCUCUUCUUGUCAUCUUGCAUUUCAUCCAGCUGUUCUUCAUUAAUUAUGUAAUUUUAUUGGAUUCAUUUAUUGGCUAUUUUAUUGGGAAUACCUUCUGGCUGAUUGCAAUUAGUUAUUACAUCUAUGUGACAUUCCUAGGGUACAAUGCAUUGCCAUUCCUGAAGAACACGGUCAUUCUUCUCUACCCGUUUGCGCUUCUCAUUGUGAUCUACGUUGUUUCAUUAGCAAUGGGAUGGAAUUUCACACGCGCACUUUGCUUUUUCUACACGUAUAGAGUGAAAUAAGGUGGACUUUAUCAACAGAGCAACUGGACUACUGGUCAGACCUUUUGUACAAAUAGGUGCAUAGGUGAGAUAAACAGGCUCUUGUAAAUCAUUGUAAAUAACGUUCUCUUCACUGUAGAUCAGUGUGUAUAAAAUAUUUGGUUUUUAAAAAUUUACAGUUGCAGAUAAAAUUCUGUAUUCUUCUGUAGGCCCUUCCUCAUGAAAAGUUGUACAUCUCUGUAAUAAAGAUUUUUUAAUCAA